CUCUCUAGUUAGAAGCUACAACCACUCGUGUUUUGCGCGGGAAUAUUAGACAGAGAUGUAGGUGGGUGUGUAUGUAACGCAGAUAUCACAUCACAACACCGUUAAUGGCUGAUUCCACUCCGACUGCAACUCCUUCAAACGACAUCGUAUCAAGCUCUUUCCGACGAACGUUCUUUUCAUUUCCGAAGGUCACCUUAUACGAUUGGUGGUUGGUUAUAGCCAAAAACGACUUCCAAGGAAAGCGUUUAGCCGUCGCUGGCGUCUCGUCGAGAAAGGAUGAGGCAACGCGUGUGUUUGUUUCUGCUGCUGUUAUCAAAAGAUAUGACGUGUUUUCUCUCGAGACUGCGGAUGGGAUAUGCGUCAUAAUCAGGGGCUUCAUCAACGAGCAGCGCACUCUCGAAAAUGGUUUUUCCGCCGAGGUUUUCCACCAUUUUUUAUUUGGCUUUCCUCCAGACUGGGAAAGGUAUGCUCUAGAUUGCUUCAAAGAAGAACCUACCACUGAUGCUGAUUUGGGUAGUGUUGUUCCUGAUAAUGCACCAGCUAGCUGUCCAAAAAUUUUAUCUGAUGGUGUGGAAAAAUCUAUUCCUACCUGUUUGGUAUCACCAGAGGAGGCCUCAGGAGAUCACGAAAUGUCAUUCCCCGAAAAUGAAUGCAACGUGUCAAAGGAGAUGGGUGGGGUUCAUGUUGCUUGUAGUAGUGGUGGGAAAAGCCAUAGUUUCAAGUUGCACAAUAUUAAAGUAUGCCAGCAGAAGAAGCAGCCUGCUUCUGAAUGUCUUCCGAACCAUCCAGAUAAUGAGAACUCUAGUUCAGUGGCCUUGGAGAAUUGUAAUGUAGAGAGACUGGAAAGUCCGACAACACCCAUUCAGCCGCAAUUGUGGAGUGAAUAUUCAAACGAUGCUUGUGUGGAAAAUGCCAUUCCUACUUCUUUGGCAUCAGAGGAGGCCCCGGGAGAUCAUGAGAAGUCAUUCCCUGAAAAUGAAUCCAACGUGUCAAAGGAAAUUAAUGGGGUUAAUGUUGCUUGUAGUAGUGGUGGGAAAAGUCGUAGUGCCAGGUUGCAUGAUAUUAAAGUAUACCAGCAGAAGAAGCCUGCUUCUGGAGGGUCUCUGAAGCAUCCAAAUAAUGAGAACUCUACUUCAGUGGCCUUGGAGAAUUGUGAUGUAAAGGGACUGAAAAGUCCAGCAACACCCAUUCAGUCACAAUCGUCAAGACAACUAAGCACAUCACCUGGGCAGGUAAUUAAAAAAUCUGCAUCCAAAAUUUCUAGAACAUUGUCACCAAAGACUGAAGGCUGUUAUAAGAAAAAGAGAGUGACAGUUGAAACAAAAGUGGUCAUGCCCAAGGGAAAACUGAAUAAAUCUGCAUCUGCUUUGAAAAAUCCACGAGAAAAGGAUCUAAGCCCCUUGGCCAAGGGAAGCCAACAGAAAAUAUCCACAUUUACUCCAGAGUCACUAAGUUUCAGAAAAUCCAGAUCCGGUAGGUUGCUUCUACCUCCCUUAGAGUUUUGGCGCAAUCAAAUACCAAUUUAUAAUGCGGACCACGAGAUUACAGAAAUUCGGGAUGGUGCAUCUCUGAUAUCACCUUGUAGAGGUUUUUCACCAUCAUUGAGUAGGUUUAGCAAUCAAAAACGUGGAGCGUGAUGCAGGAAAGGAACUUAAAUGCUUGAUUCAUGGUAUGGAUCUUUUCUGUGAAUAGUCCCUCUUCUUUGGUUGUGGUUUUUAGAAUAUUUUGUGAUCUUGUUUGCUAAUUAGAUAAGAUGUACAAUGGUUUAUUAUACCAUGGUUAGGUUGAAUAGCUUCUAUAUAUUUCUUAGCAUGCACAUUAAGUUCGCCCCUCUCAACUAUGCACAUUAAGGUGGGGUUUUGCUUA